UUUUGUGAUUUUGCAGUGGACAGCUGUGAUACAACAUAAACAUUUUAUAAUUCUUAAACAUGUCUCUUGAACUUGAUCUUUUAGACGAGGAAUACAGUUCAGUGGGAAAUGAUACCCCUAGUUUACAGAUGUCAAAUGAACUAAGUCGCUCAAUACGUAUCGGAAAUCUACCAUCAAGUGUCAAAAAUUGGACAACAAAACAUGCAGAAUUGCUUAAUGUUUAUUAUGAAAAAGAAUAUAUAAAUGAUCCAUUAGAUGUUCUAGAAAGAAUUCCAACAUUACAACCGUUCAGUAGAGAGCAACAUCAUUUUACAGACAGUUUAAAGUCAUCCUUGCAGUUUAAUGCAUCAUACAAAACAUUUGACGAAACCUACAAUUUUUACACAAUAGAAAACGGAAUGAAGAAAGAGUUGGAGAAUACCAUUUGUAAAGUGAACAAAAAUUCUGAACAUGAUAGAUUCAUCAAAUUCAAGGUGUCUAGAUUUUUGAAAUGUCUACACAGAUUUAUGGUCGAUAUGGAAUCUCUACGGAAGAAUUAUGAAGAAUUCAAAGGAAACUUUAAACAUCUUCUUGGUAGUUUUGUGGAAAUGUGUUGUAUGGAAGUUUUGGAAUGCUCAGAUACCUCUCAGUCUGUCUGGAGAAAUUUACAAGGAACCAAGACAGUAGUAUCAAAACCAGACCUUUGUUUGUAUAAAUCAGGACUAGAGGAUUUCUUAUUACUGGAUGAUGAAGUAGUAGUACCUGUUACUGAGGUGAAAUUAAGUCCUGAGCCUUUACAAAUGAGAUCAAAAGAAAUUAAUUCAACCUUCAACCCAGCAUGUACAGAUGACAAGGCGAAAUCUCAACUAGAGUUAGACUUCAAUGAAGAUAUCCUAGGCCUACAUGCAGGCACACUUUUGUUAGAUCUAGAUAGAUAUUGUUUGAAGAAAACAGUGUAUAUUGAUGACGAUUAUGUGAUGAGAAUGCCAGGGAUUAUGUUUAAAGGAACACAGGUUUUAUUUACAUUACUAGAAAUGAAUAGAUCCCAUCACAGAAAGCUGAGAUAUAGUGAAGACCUAGAUAAUGAGAAAGAUCUGGCUAAAAUUUAUUACUCUAGGCCAUUAGACAUAUUGGUUGAGAAAGAUCGAUGUACACUUAUAGAAAGUUUCAUGAGAUUAAACAACAUAUAGUGACAAUUAUUAAAAGUAUCUGACAAUGUUGACAAGGAUCAUUUAGUAAAAAUAACCACAUGUAAACAAUAAGAUGGAAUCUAGAACAUGUUUGUGUGAAUGGAAUUCUUGUUGUGGUCAGUUAAAAAUCAUCCCUCAACUGAAAAAGGAAUUCAUGGAAUAGAAACAGGAUUUUUAAAAAACUAUUGCCAUAUUUUGUGCUAACCUUUUUUUGCAAAUGGAAAAAAGUAUAUAUUUUCUAAAGAUUCCAACACAAUCAUUGGUUUGAGCCUUGAUUUUAAUUUAAACUUGUUUCCUAUAGAUUAAUACACUUUGUAAUUUCAUUACAUUAUAAUCUGUUAUUUGUGAUAGCUGUUUGAUAGCAAGAAUAAAAAUAUCUUCCAAUAGGGCCCAUUUA